CUCGUUACUCGUAUCGUAUCCGCCUCUUCCAGGCGAACCUCCUCGUUCCGGUUGUGACGAAGACGCCGUCCAGGCAUCAGUUCCCUACUCCAGGCCGCGAAGCACUUGACCGUUCUCUUCGAACCGUCCGGUGCUGCCCUCCGUGUCGCUGCUUCAGGGUUGCGUACUGCUGAGACUCACUCCUUCCUCAUCGCCCAACAACCGAGCAUUGUCGUUGAACACAAUGUCGGAGGUGGAGGAAGCACUUAAGGCCCUCUCACUGGCACGGAAACACGACUUAUCCGGUAACACGGAGGCAGCGCUGAAAUGGGCGCGAAAGUCCUGCUCAAUCAGCAAGACCAAAGAGGCUGCUGCGCUGCUCGCACGCCUCGAAUCCCGAGGUGCAAGUGGCAAGGGUCCCAGUGAACACGCAUCGUCCUCCGCCGCCACGAAUGGCAGCGCAAACCCGGCAGCGCGCAGUCGUUCAGCUACAGGGGCGUCAUCAGCUCCCGCUUUCACUUCUGUGGCUCCGGAAGAAAAGAAGGAGCGGGCAUAUACUAAGCAGCAAUUAGAAAUUGUACAGCGGAUCCGGAAAUCUGGGGGAGACUUUUACCAAGUCCUAGGCGUCGAAAAGACAGUCGAUGACAAUGGGAUCAAGAAGGCCUAUAGGAAGCUCGCUCUCCAGCUGCAUCCCGACAAAAAUGGUGCACCAGGGGCAGACGAAGCCUUCAAGCUUGUCAGCAAAGCCUUCACCAUCCUGUCUGAUCCCGACAAGCGUGGCGCGUACGAUCGCUUCGGCGGCGACCCAGAACAACGCUUCGCUGCGUCAUCCUCCAACGCUGCCGGUGCCGCUGGAGGCCCCGGCAUGCGCUUCAGAGGAGGUCCAGGAAUGUUUGCAGAAGAGGUCGAUCCGCAGGACCUUUUCAACAUGUUCUUCGGCGGCGGAAUGGGUUCGGGUUUUGGGCCCGGCGGUGCGACUUUCUCAUUUGGCGGGCCAGGCAUGGGUGGGCGGACAUACUACGCCAGCAACGGGCGACGGGCUCGGCAAGCAGGAGCAAGGCAGCCGCAACAAACAUCGCAGAACACCUCGAUUCUACUCCAGCUUUUGCCUUUGCUCAUUCUUGGCCUCUUCUCGCUUCUCUCGUAUGCUCCCUCCCUCUUCACCACGGCCGACCCGUCAUACACAUUCACCCAGUCUGGCGUAUACAGAGACCACCGUAUCACACCAAAGAAUGGCGUUUCGUACUUUGUCAACCGCGAUUCGUUCUCGCGCCAUCCGUUCACCGCUGGUGGAAGUGGGGCUACCAGCAAUGGCGGCCUGAAGGGCUUUGAGGAUCGAGUCGAGCGCGAGUGGCGGAAUCGCCUAUACGGGCAGUGCGAGAGGUAUCGCGAACAUCAGAGCCGGCGACUGCAAAAUACGCAGGGAUUCUUUGGUAUCGGGGCGGAUCCACAAGCGGCUGCGCAGAUCCGCGCGGAAAAGUACGAGCCUUGCGAGCGGUUGCAUGACUUUGGUAUCUAUAUGUGAUCGCCCUUAACCUUGUAACACAACCAGAGGAAGUCUCAUUAAG